CAUAUACUUCUAUAACGUACUUCAAGGGCCGGCUCGCUCAGUGGGGAAUACUAGUGUGAUAUUAGAUAGUAGAUACCUUGAGUCUCCCAAAUCCUCAGUUAUUUCAACUCUAAAACCCUAAUCCCCAAAAAUGGGCAAAUUUUGGGUGAUUUUUGUUGCUUCGAUCUCGAUCCUUCUUCCAUUUCUAUGCAAUUCUUUCUCUCCCGAGACUCCUACCGAUCGCCGAGUCCUGGUUCUCCUCGACGAUUUCGCCGUCAAGUCGUCCCACUCCUCAUACUUCAACUCUCUCAAAUUACGCGGCUUUGACCUUGACUUCAAACUCGCCGACGAUCCUAAGAUCGCCUUGCAGCGCUACGGCCAGUAUCUCUACGAUGCCUUGAUCCUAUUCUGCCCCUCUGUUGAACGAUUUGGAGGAUCUGUUGAUGUUGCUGCCAUUAUCAAUUUUGUUGAUUCUGGUCAUGAUUUAAUUAUUGCGGCGGAUGUUAAUGCUUCUGAUUUGAUCCGGGAAGUUGCCACCGAAUGUGGAGUUGAUUUCGAUGAGGAUCCUUCGGCUAUGGUUAUCGAUCACACUGGCUAUGCAGUUUCGGAAACAGAAGGAGAUCAUACUUUGAUUGCAUCUGAUGAUUUUAUUAAAUCUGAUGUGAUUAUAGGAAGCAAGAAAAUUGAGGCUCCUGUACUUUUCCAGGGCAUUGGCCAUUCACUGAAUCCUGUCAAUAGCUUGGUGUUAAAGGUUCUCUCAGCUUCUCCAUCUGCCUAUUCAGCUAAUCCCUUAUCCAAGCUGUCAACUCCACCAUCAUUGACGGGUUCUGCAAUCUCCUUGGUUUCAGUUGUCCAGGCAAGGAACAAUGCACGAAUUCUGAUUACUGGUUCACUAAGUAUGUUCAGCAAUCGAUUUUUUAGAUCUGGUGUCCAGAAAUCUGGGAGCUCAACCAAAUAUGAGAAAUCAGGUAAUGAGCAAUUUUUGACCGAACUUAGCAAAUGGAUUUUCCAUGAAAGAGGUCAUCUUAAGGCUGUGAAUGUAAAACACCACAAAGUCGUAGAAACAGAUGAACCUGCUUUGUACAGGAUUAAUGAUGAGUUGGAAUACUCAGUUGAGAUCUAUGAGUGGUCUGGAACUAGCUGGGAGCCAUACGUUACUGACGAUGUCCAAGUCCAGUUUUACAUGAUGAGCCCCUAUAUUUUGAAAACUUUGUCGAAUGACAAAAAGGGUCUCUAUUCUGCGUCAUUUAAGGUUCCAGAUGUUUAUGGUGUUUUCCAGUUCAAGGUUGAGUACCAAAAGCUUGGGUAUACAAGCUUAUCCCUUUCAAAGCAGAUUCCAGUCAGACCAUAUAGACACAAUGAAUAUGAAAGAUUCAUACCAACUGCUUAUCCCUACUACGGAGCUGCAUUUUCUACAAUGGCAGGAUUCUUCAUCUUUUCUUUUGUUCAUCUAUAUAACAAGUAAAGUGUGGCAUAUCUAGUAUGCUUUGCCUUGGACGGUGGGAUUACAAUUUCAAGCCAACAAUGGUAGUCAUAAAUGUAUCGUAGAAAUGUUAAGACUUUGAGUUUUAGUUUCAAUGAUGAAAAUCAAACCCUAACAGAUCUCCAAAAA